AAAAAAUAGAAUAUUCAGAUUCAAACAGAUUCUGAGAAAUGUUCAUUAUCAGAACCUUUUCACUUCCUUCACGUCUUCAACCUUCGUAAUCCCAAAUUGCCACUCCGCACCCCAAACCCUAAUUCCCAAAUUGUCAAUCCGCUUCAAUUCUCCCCCAAUUGGUUCUGGGUCUGAGCUCAAGAUGAGUAAUUUGAGAACAAUCUGUAGGCCACACGCCGUCGUCACCUCCUUCAUAUGUUGCAGACACCAAGCUCGCUUCAGCUUUAGGGUUUCCUUUCAGCGAAACCCUAAUUACUCGCCACCUAGUCUUUUGCCGGCGUCGUCCGAUUUCGCGAGAUUGAAUCGGAGCGAGACGUGGUUCCGAGCGAACCAGAGAAGAUCCAUUGUUAGGGCUUCGAAUUGGGCCCACCCCAAGUCUCCCUACGAAACCCUUGAAUUAGAGUUGGAUGCUGAUGAUGAACAGAUAAAGGUUGCUUACAGAAGACUGGCCAAGUUUUAUCAUCCUGAUGUCUAUGAUGGCAGAGGGACCCUGGAGGAGGGGGAAACAGCUGAAGCUAGGUUUAUCAAGAUUCAAGCUGCUUAUGAAUUGCUUUUAGAUGAAGAGAAGAGGGGCCAAUAUGACAGGGAUAACCGAGUCAACCCAUUGAAAGCAUCUGAAGCAUGGAUGGAGUGGCUAAUGAAAAAGCGAAAAGCUUUUGAUCAGCGAGGUGAUAUGGCAAUAGCAGCUUGGGCUGAGCAACAGCAGCGUGAGAUGAAUAUCCGUGCACGUCGACUCUCUCGUUCCAAGGUUGACCCUUACGAAGAGAAGAAAAUCCUGGAGAGAGAAAAGAAGGCCUCUGCAGAGUAUUUCUCCAGUACGCUGAAGCGGCAUACACUAGUCUUAAAGAAAAGAGACAUCAUGAGAAGGAAAGCAGAGGAAGAUAAGAGAAAGAUCAUCGGUCAGCUUUUAGCUGCAGAGGGACUUGAGCUUGACACAGAUGACGAAGAAACUCGGUAACUGAAGAUUUACGCAUUGCCUUCUACAGUUGUAUUAUAGCAUACCAUAAGCUGCAGAGGGGGGCAGAGGGGCUUGAGCCUGACAUGGAUGAUGAAGAAACUCGGUUGAUGAAAAUUUACUCGUUGCCUUCUGCAAUUGUAUUAUAGCAUACCACUCGGAAUAUACCAUCCAUAUUACUUUUUACUGCAAGAACAAAAUACAAAAUUGUAUAUAUUUUUCAUUGCAGAAAAUAGACUAAAUUAAUGAGAAAUAUUCGUUAUUAUUGGA